AUGCCGAGAUCUAUUGCGAAUGCGACUGCGUCAACGGCAAAGGGGUUUCUCCGCCGGCGAUUUCUGGAGAGAGGUAAUCCUGAGACUGCUCACUCCUUUUGUCUGAUCUGGUCUCGACCUUUCUCUGGCGCGAGCCAUUACCGAGAGAGACUGAGAAGUGGUGUGCUUCACUCUAUCAAGUUUGAUGAUGCUUUUGGUUUGUUCUGUGAGAUGCUUCGUUCCCGUCCCCUCCCUACCAUUGUCGACUUCACCAGAGUUUUGACCGCCAUCGCCAAGAUGAACAAGUACGACAUCGUGGUCUAUCUCUGCCACAAGAUGGAGAAUUUUGGGGUUUCACACGAUCUCUAUAGCUGCACCAUCUUGAUAGAUUGUUUCUGCAGAUGCUCUCGGCUCUCUCUCGCCCUCUCUGUUCUUGGGAAAAUGAUGAAACUCGGGUUUGAGCCCAGCAUUGUCACCCUUGGCUCUCUCCUCAAUGGCUUCUGUCGCAGGAACAGGUUCCACGACGCCGUGUCUCUCGUUGACACGAUGGCCAAGUCGGGACAUGAGCCCAAUGUUGUCAUCUACAACACUGUGAUUAAUGGUCUUUGCAAGAACAAAGAUGCGGAUAACGCUCUCGAGCUUUUCAACCUGAUGGAGAUGAAAGGAAUCAGAGCGGACGUCAUCACCUACAACACUCUGAUAAGCGUCCUCUGUAACUCUGGUAGAUGGAGCGAGGCGGCUCGGCUUCUGAGAGAUAUGGCGAAGAGGAAACUCGAUCCUGACGUCAUCUUUUUCAGCGCACUGAUCGAUACAUUUGUGAAAGAAGGGAAUCUUUUGCAGGCUAAGAAAUUGUACAAGGAGAUGAUCCGGAGGUCUAUAGAUCCUAACAUCUUCACUUACAACUCACUCAUCAAUGGUCUUUGCAUUCAUGGUCGCCUUGGUGAGGCCAAACAAAUGUUUGAUCUGAUGCUGCACAAGGGCUGUUUCCCGGAUCUCGUGACGUAUAAUACUCUCAUAAACGGAUUUUGCAAGUCUAAGAGAGUAGAGGAUGGGAUGAAACUCUUGUGUGAGAUGGCUCAUCGAGGAUUGGUCGGCGACGCCUUCACUUACAACACUCUUAUCCACGGGUAUUGUCAAGCGGGCAAGCUCAGUGUUGCACAAAAGGUUUUCAGUCGGAUGGUCGACUGUGGUGUGGCUCCUGAUAUUGUGACCUACAACAUUCUGUUAGACGGUCUAUGUAAUAGCGGGAAGGUGGAGAAAGCGAUGGUGAUGGUGGAGGAUAUGCAGAAGAGUGAGAUGGAUGUUGAUAUAAUCACAUAUAGUAUCAUCAUUCAAGGGAUGUGUAGAACAGGCAAGGUGAAAGAGGCUUGGUGUUUGUUUUGUAGCCUCACUCUCAAAGGAGUGAAGCCUGAUGCUAUAGCUUACACCACAAUGAUAUCAGGAUUGUCUAGGAAAGGCCGACGGCGUGAAGCGGACAAGCUGUGUAGAAAAAUGAAAGAAGAUGGGAUUAUGCCAAUUAGAGAUCACGACACAGGCUCAUCGGCUGAACUCAUCAAAGUGAUUCAUGAGUAA